AUGGCCGCCGCGGUUGCUAUUCCACGAGGAGACGUCUCCGCCAACCUCCACUACUACCACCCGCCAGCCGACGACUCGGUGCCCUACAACAACAUUGACCCCGCGCCGACGCUGCCCGACCGCAACUACUCGGACGUUGUACAGCCCACCACCAUUCACGACAUUCGCGGCCGCGAGUCCGACUUUACCCUCGACCGCGACGCCUUCCAGGUCAUCCAAGACGUGCCGCCCUCUGCCGAGCCCUCAUUCACCUCGGACGACUCCAUCGCCGCACACUACUACCCCGAGGUCGAGCGGCUGCUGCUCGACCACAUUCCUGGCGCGACCAGAGUCUACAUCUUUGACCACACGAUCCGACGCUCCGACCCGGGCGCGUCCCGCGGGCCCGUGAACCGCGUGCACAUUGACCAGACGGCGCGGUCCGUCGAGCAGCGCGUGCGCCGCUACUUUGGCGAGACGGGCGAGGCCGACGCCCUGCUCGCCGGCCGCUACCGGCUCGUCAACGUGUGGCGUCCGCUCAACAAGGGCCCCGUCGAGAGCAACCCGCUCGCGUUUGCGUCGACGAGCUCGCUCGACGACGCCGACGUCGUGCCCGUGCAGCACCGCUACGCCAACGGCUACACGGGCGAGACGGCGGCCGUCCGGUACAACCCGCAGCAAAAGUUUUACUACCUGAGCGGCAUGACGGGCAGCGAGCGGCUGCUGCUCGAGUGCUUCGACAGCGAGUCGCUCAAGCCCGGGUCGGCGAUUGGCGGGCGCGCCCCGCACAGCGCGUUUGCGGACCCGAGGACACGGGUGGACGCCGAGGGCCGCGAGAGCAUCGAGGUGCGCACGCUCGUGUUUGGGCCGUGA